AUGUCGGACGAGGCGUACGAGUACCUCCAGCCUGGGUUUGACCCCAAGUCGCUGACGGUACCACGGCUGCGCUCCAUUUUGGUGGCGCACGACGUUCAGUACCCCGCGACGGCGAAGAAGCCGCAGCUCAUCGACAUUUUCAACGAAGGCGUUGUUCCGAAGGCCAAGAAGUUCCUCGACAAGCAAGCGCGCGCCAAGCGCUCGAGCAUGGGCAUUAUCAACAUGCCCAGAGGCGACUCCUACGACACGGCGUCCUUCGACGACGAAGACGUUGAUCUGGCACCACCACCUCCACGCGAAACACGCUCUCGUUCACCGCGCAAGGCUUCGGCAAGGCUACGUCCAGAGGACUACGAAGACGAGCCUGCCCUGCCUCUCAGCCCUACCAAGCGCAAGGUUCGGGGCGCCAGUCGCCAACUGUCUCAUCCGCCCGCAGACUUAUAUCCUACUGAGGCAGAGCCGCCUCGGUCCGUCCGGAGGAGCACACGAACGGUGACCCCUCAGGUCAAAGUCGAGGAUGCAGAGGAUGGAUUCUUCAGUCUUAAAGAGACGGAUGUCAACUUCUCCGCCGAGAACCCGUUCCAGAGCGGGAGCUCCCCGGCGCCUGCCUCCCGGCCCAGCAGCAGCCGCAGGCGAACAGCCGGGCAUGACGCUCCGGCUACAUUCAACGACGCCGGCGUACGACGUCGCACUGAUGGUUACGAGCGGCCCAAGUCUGCUAAAUCCAACAAGCCCAUCCGGCACGAGAUCGAAUAUGUAUCUGAACUGGAUGCUGGCGAGGAGUUUACUCCUGAAGAGCAAAUUGAGUUGGAAAUGGAAAUAGCCAUGAAGGGCGCCAACGGUCUGCUCGAGCAACGUCGACCUAAGCCAGCGAAGAAGCGCUCUGGUCUCAGGACACCUUUGAUGGCGCUUGCAGUCACUCUGUUAGGAGCCUACGGUGGCUGGUAUCGACAGGAGAAGAUCGCCGUCGGUUACUGUGGCCUCGGCAGACCUGCAACUCUGAUCAUCCCCCCUGAGGUGUCAGUUCCCGAUUGGAUCGUCCCCUACAUUGAGCCCCAGUGCGAGCGUUGCCCUCAACACGCCUACUGCUUCGAGGACUAUACUGUGCGCUGUGAUGACAACUUCAUCAUGAAGCCUCAUCCCCUUUCGCUCGGCGGUCUGGUACCGCUGCCGCCCACCUGCGAGCCCGAUGGCGAGAAGGUCAGGCGGAUCAAGGCUGUUGCCGACAAGGCAGUUGAGGAGCUUCGUGAGAGGAGGGCCCAGUUUGAAUGUGGCGAUCUGGUUGACCAGACAGGUGAACAUGAGGAGAGCCCGGCCAUUGAGGAGGAGGAGCUCAAGUCGGCUAUCAGUGAAAAGCGCAGCAAGAAGAUGAACAAACAAGAGUUCGACGAUCUUUGGGCAGCUGCUAUCGGAGAUAUCAAGGACCGCGAGGAGGUUGAGGUCAUCAACAUCACUAACCAGAUCGGUCGCGCCGGAAGCAGACAAGCCGAUUCCGCCGGCCUUCGAAACACCUACCUCUCGUCCACCUCUCUCGCUCGCCUUUCGAUCAGCUGCGCGGCCAAGCGGUCCCUCCGGCUCGGAUUGGCAAGAUAUCGACUCCCAGCUGGAUCUCUAGCCGCCCUGGUGGCUUUGUAUUUUUAUUUGCGUGCGCGCUAUCGAUCCCACAAGGCUGAGGUCUCCCGGGUUCCGUCUCUUGUUGACUUGGUCCUCGCACGACUUGCAUCGCAGAAGGAGCUUGGCGAAGAGGAGCUUGACGAUCCUUGGCUGUUCCUGCCAAACCUACGAGACGACGUCCUCCGCUCUGUGCACUCGCUCAAGAGCCGGGAUCGCAUCUGGUCCCGAGUGAGAGCCGUCGUGGAGCAGAACAGCAAUGUGCGUACAAGUCAGCGCGAGGGCCGCAGCGGCGAGGUCGGCCGCGCCUGGGAAUGGAUCGGGCCACUCACUGGCGAUAGCGCAAGGAGGCGAAAGAGUGGGCGCGUGUCAUUCGGGACUGGCGCUGUAACGGAUGACGAUCGGAAGGACGAAAUGUCAGAGAAGUCAACGGCGCGUUCGACAUGGCAGGAGUCGCGACCGAUUUACUGA